UAGUGCGCAGGCGUCAAAUGAAGGAGCCGUGAAAGGAUGACGUUUGUCGUGAAGUAUACACAAAACGAAAAAAUCUCAUUAUCUUGUAAUUUUCAGCCUCUAGAAACUCAGUAAAACCAAAGUGAAGGAUCGAUUUGUGAUUCUUUGUUUGCUCGCUCAGACAGGAAGUGGCCGUUCCCUAGAAACAUGAACAAAUCGAGCGAGAAAAGUAUACACGAAAUGUUGAAAAACACUCCGUCCAUGAACGACAGCACCGAUGUGGUGCAUACGGGUUCCGAGCAGCAAACAAUCAAGCACUCGACCACGCUGACUUUACGAAACGUUAGCAACCACAGUCUAACGUCGCCGACGUCGGUCAGUCUGGAGGAUGAAUCGGCAUACAUCAAGAAUGGGUCCUCCAAGCUUGACACGUUCCGCAACUGGAGCAUUACCACGUACAAAUGCACCAAACAGAUCAUGCUGGAAAAGCUCGGCAAAUCGACACGCACAGUCGAUCUCGAGCUCGAGGCACAGAUCGAUCAGCUGAAGGAAACGCAAAAGAAGUAUCUAAGCAUAUUACGCUUGUCGCGUGCAUUCACGUCCCACUUUUACAACUGCAUGCAAACCCAGAGCCUGCUAUCGGAAACGUUUGCCGAUCUGGCACAGAAAAGUCCGGAACUGCAGGAAGAGUUUUUGCGAAACGCCGAAACGCAGCGAAUUCUGACAAAGAACGGUGAGCUGCUGCUGAAUGCGCUGAACUUUUUCAUAUCGUCCAUUAAUACGCUGUGCAAUAAGACGAUCGAAGACACGCUACUUACCAUUCGGCAGUAUGAGUUGGCCCGCGUCGAGUACGAUGCGUACCGGGUGGAUAUGGAGCAACAGCGAACGGGUGGCAGCGAACCGCAGCAGAAAUACUCCAGCGAUGAGGUGCAGAAAAAGUACGAAAAAUGCAAAGACCAGUACGAGAAGCUACGUUCGGACAUAGUAGUAAAGAUGCAAUUUCUCGAGGAAAAUAGGAUCAAAGUUAUGCACAAACAGUUACUGCUCUUCCACAACGCUAUAGCCGCAUAUUUUGCUGGCAAUGCUAACGGUCUAGAGAAGACGUUACAACAAUUUAAUAUCAGCUUGAAGAGCCCAAACUCCGUUACCAGUUCGUGGCUGGAGCAGUAGGGAUGAAAUAGUCAUCCCACAAGCAUCGCCAGUAGCAGUAGUACAUCGAUGAGAAUCAAUGUCAUUUAAAGUAUUUGAACUGAAUGUGAUUUUUUUUUGCUUUUCCGGUGUCCGAUUAGCAAAUGUAUGAUGCAUUCUUUUUGAACUAGCAUUCAGCAACGGUUGGAUCUGCCUUGCUUUUGGUGAACUAGCUUAUCAGGCAAGCGAACUACAAUACUGAUUGAGAUUUCUUUUCCAACAGUUGAGAUUCCAUUUGGUGGGAGUUUUAAGUUAUAAUACUUAACAAACUAUAUGAGGGAUUUCACAUUACGUUAACGCUUAACUUAUUUAUACUUGACAGCAUUGCACAAUGAUUAAUCUUUUAGCCAAACAUAUAAUGUACCAACGUCUGCAGAAUUGAGUUUUGGUUUGGCAAACGAGAUUCUUUUGUAGCCUAGUCACUGUAAUCGUAUACUCUUAUAUUAUCACCCUCGCUCUUAAGUUUAAUGUGAUGUAAUCCUUUUGCUUAAUGUAUUCUCUUGGUUAACCGUUUCACAUUCUCAAGAAAAGUGAUUUUCAUUCAGUCAUGUCGUACUGAACAUCUAACUUUUUGUCCAAUAACAAAAAGCGGGUAAACGAGUGGUUGAUGAUGCGAUUGCUUUGCAUCUAUCGGCCCUGUGCCACUCUUGGCGACGUAUGUGUGUGUGUGUGUGUGUGUGUAUGGUGGGUUUGCUGAAUGCAUUGGGAUGCGUAAAAACAUUGGUCUAGCAAUUGUUAUGAUCGAAUAACUCCAACAUCGGUUUGAGUUGAUAGUAAUAGUCACGGGAAUUUCUAUGCACUAAGAGACCGCACACCAAGAACACGUAAAACAUAGCAUGUAAAUGGUACACGAAUCACACCAAACUGUACACAUUCAGAAAACGACACGAUCAUACAUGGCAACAUGUUUAAAGUUAAGAGAUUCUCCACACAUUAAUCUCAUUGGGGGUGGGGGAUCACGUUUGAACGUCGGGGACAUAUAUAAAAUAGGAUGAUGUGAAGCUUGCAUAACGUGAUUGUGUAAAUGGUUGACAAAUAAGUGGAUUGGUCGAAAAGAUAUUUUGGUUUGGUCCAUGUAACAGAAAAUGUAACGUAAAUAAUAGCUUCAGAAAAAUAAUACUUAAACCACAAAAAUGA